UGGCGUCUGUAGAAACGAAAUCUGAGACCUGAGGAUUCAUAACUUUGUGAACUUUACAGGAACAUUUCACAGCCGUUAUUAGAUGUCAUAAACCAAUGGAUACAAAACUGCACGAAGCAGUUCGCUAUGGAAGUGUGAAUGACGUCAGAAAAGCUCUCGGACAAGGAUAUGAUCCGAAUUUAAUAGGCCUUUACGAUUGGAGCCCUGUGCACGAAGCUGCACACAACGGUGAAACUAAAAUACUUUCAUUGCUGUUGAAAAACAAAGGUGAUGCCAAUGUCUGCGACAAUCUCCGUGGCAACACAGGUCUGCACUAUGCUGCUGAAGAGGACCAUCUGGACUGUCUCAGACUCCUGCUAGAGGUCGGAGGUCAACCUGAGAUUUGCAACAGCGAUAACCUGACAGUAUUUGGUGUUGCCACGGGUGAAAGCAGAGAUUUCUUGGAGCAGUUUGAAAUGGAGCCGGUAAAUGAUCCGGGCAAGAUGAAGCCAGGAGAGGGGAAGGAUGAUCUGAACAAUAACAUGGAUACCGAUGAAGAAGAGAAAGAAGGGAGGAGAAGAAAUUUGUCAACAGGUGUGCUCAGGUGUGAGAGUCAAGAGGAAUUCCCAGCCAUGGGACACCUCCACCUGUCGUUUGAGUACCACAUCCACAAGGGCUCACUCAAGAUCAGGGUGUGGCAAAUCUCCGACCUGCUCCUCCCCCCACCUCAUACAUCAAUGAUCAACACUAUCUUUGUUCGGAGUUACCUCAUCCCAGACAAACCCAAGAAGACCAACAGGAGGACUGAAGAGGUGAAGGUCGCUCCUAGUGAGGCCCACGUCGCAACCAACCGUUCUGCAGAGAAUCCAGGAAUCCAGUACGUCUUCAUGCCAUCCAAUUUUCAUUUCGCAAUGCCGCUGCAAUACACCGGCGUGACAAAGGAAAUCAUCAACGAGAGAAGUGUUCAAAUCGAAGUCUGUAUGACACAAAGGUACACAAAGCGGAUUUUCUUGGUUGCGAUGAUCAACAUGCCGCUCAAGCUUGCUGUGAAGAAGCUUAUACGAGAAAAGAUCCCAUUAAUUCCAUGCAUGAACUAUACAAUCCCCAACAACAUGAAAGUUUACAGUGCCAGUGAACUGCAAUUGGAGAGUAGCCUUGGAGUGUUUUAUAGUUCGCCUAUGUUGCAAGACUUUGGUAAGGGAGAUUCACUGUCUGUGCCUCAGACACCAAGAUCCGCCAGUGAUAUUGAACUUCACGGAAUUACCAUUCAUGAAGAGAAAGUGCCUUCAACGUCCAUUAAUAUGCAUAACGGGUCACAUGAUUUUGACUUUGAACCAGAGCUAGAUGAGGUCAAGGUCAAGCGAAAAAUUGUACCUGAUUUCAGUAGUAUAGACAUUCCUGCCAGUGACCAGGUGUUGCCAGGUCAAUUGGAGGAGGUCAAAGUUCAAGGUCAGAAAAAGAAUGGAAAGGAUUGUGUGGUGAACGUGGGUUCAGGGGAUCAGAGUGCAAACUCAAAUCACAAACUCAAGAGAAUCAAGCCACCAAAAUUCAAUGGUGACAUGGAGAUUGAGAUGGAAAAUGUACCGAAGUCUGUCCCCAGUCCUGUACAUUUAGAGGAAGCUGUUGCUUCUCCAGGUCCAUCACGGCCAGAAACUCCAGUCUGGGAUUACUACGACUUUGAUGAUUUUGAGCUAGGAAUGGAACCAAUUGCAAAUGACGUUGAGAGUAACACAGAAAAUGGCAGUGAUGCUAAAAUGGAUUACAAAGGUGUAAAUCUCAGUCAGUCGGCCGUUGCUGCCAUGCAAGGAAAAUCAACCUCAAAGGUCAAGGACGUCAACCAACCAAGGUCAUAUAUUCCGACAAUAGUUGUGGAUGAUAUUGAGAAUGAAGAAAUGAUUCGAUUAUAGGUGGUGCCUCAUGGAAUAUAUGUUUAUCAUUGUGAAAUAUUUGUGGAUAUGAUAUGUUGCAUUUUUGUGGAUAUGCAAUGAGGUUCUGUGAUAGCUUAGUACAAGCUCAGUUCGUUUGUGGAUAUUCUAGUGCCAGCUUAUUCUGUUUGUGGAUAUAUUACUAAAUAUUCUUUGGUAGUAACACAAGAAUUUCCGUUCAGUGCCAGCCACGAAGAAGACACGGCUACUGAUAUUUUCAAGUUACCUGUGCAUAUAGUAUGGAUGUGGAUCUAUAUAUAUACAGCUAUAUUUACCAGCUCCUAUGGAUAUAGAUAUUUAUGUGGUAGUGUUAUCUUCCAACCCAUAUAUACAACAGCUGAAGGAAGUGCACUUAUAGAAAGUCUACAAGCAAGUGUUGUGCCUUAGCAGAGACAAUUGUCUCUGUCCUUAUCCAAUGAAUGGCUAGCUUCCAGGAACUGGCCACCAUGUGUCGGUCUUUGUCCACUGUCCUGGAUGUGAGAAUCUCACAGUGUCCAGGCUUACAGGUUGGAUGUAUGAUGCUCCCUGUCUCCUUGUGGAUUCAAUUGGAUGCAAUUUCAUUUUGUGUGCAAAUUGCAUCGAAGAGUGAAUUAUCGUAUUCGACAUAAUAAGCGCCCAGGGCGCUCUCAAAAUUAGAAAUAGGGGGCUCUUAUUAGAAUGUUAUUUUGGUGAAAAAAACAGAGUUGAAAGAUAAAUUUCGUGGU